AUGCUGACGACCCGCAUUUUGAAGACUUCGAGUUUGUUGAUAGAAACCCUAAUCACCGUGACUGGAGGGAUUUCAGACUUGAGCAGCAGCGACGGGGGAGGACAGACUAUCGGUCGUUCACCUCAAACAGCGGCCACUAAUGUGGGCCCGGGAGUUGCUUCAGCCCGCUUUCUGGUGGCCAGUGGCCAAUUUCAGCGCGGCGGGACUUCCACGGGGCAGCAGCCGACGGCGGGAAAUUCACGGGGUGUUGCGAACCUUUGUUGCUUUUCUUGUGGGGAGGUCGGUCACCGUCAGGCAGCGUGUCCGCGAGGGCCUGGUCCAAAAUCUUUGUUUACGGAGGACGUGGGCGAGACGGAGACGCUGGAGGGAUUUGAAGACCAACCUAUGUACGAUACGGAGAAGGCAGGGGUGGAGCAAUACGUUCGUGUCAGCUUUUGCGGCGGCUAUGGUUGA